AUGGGAAACGGAGCUAAGGCCCAGCAGAAACGGGAGAGGAACGCGGACAAGAACGGCGCGAAGGGCUCCAAGAGCCAGGCAAAGGUCAACGAAGCCGCUAAGAACAUUGUCUGUCAAGUCUGCAGACAGCCAUUCCUUGUCACCACCCGUGCCCCUGCUCUCGAGGAGCACUCGCAGAACAAGCACUCGAAAACCAUGGCCGAGUGCUUCCCCGGCGCCAAUUAA